CACUGCUGGGCACUGACUGGCGGCACUGCUAGGCAUUGCCUGGCGCAACUGCUGGGCACUGACUGGCACAACCACUGGGCACUGACUGGUGGCACUGACUGGCAGCACUGCUGGGCUGCACUGAUGGGCACUGGUGGGUGGCACUGGUGGGCACAGGUGGGUGGCACUGCUAGGUACAGGUGGGUGCACUGCUGGGCACAGGUGGGCGCACUGCUGGGCACAGCUUGGUGCACUGCUGGGCACAGGUGGGCGCACUGCUGGGCACAGGUGGGCAGAGCUGGUGGGUGGCACUCCUGGGCACCGAUCAGCAGGGCACUGAUCAUCAGCCGAUCCCUGCUCUGACAACUGCCGGUUCUCGGCAGUACUUUCCUCACGCUCUGACAACGUGAGGAAAGUGCAGCCGAGAACCGGCAAUUGCAU